AUGACCUCUUCGACGUACGACGAAUCCAAAAUGCCAGUCCCGAUGCCGUCGACCACCGAAAAGUCGACUUCAGCGACGAGCACGUCCGCCACGGCAUCGACGGCUCACGACGUGGAGAAGCCGUCAACGCAGAGCGUAGCAUCCGCAACCCACACGAAGAAGACCGAGGCUGAGCUCGAAGCGGAGCGUUUGUAUGAGGAGCGCAUGGAGGAAGAGUAUGCGAAACGAGAGGGCGGCGCUUGA